UACACUUCCCAUCAUGCUUUGAGGCGCGGCGGCAGCUGUGCGCUCCGUCUCUCGCCCGCCCGCAGCCCAGUGAUAACACGCCGAACCAGAUACAAUGCGAAGGAGCGUCGACUUUCACGUUUUGGCGAGGAAUGCUCACGUCUGAGGAGUAGCGCCAUGGCGGUGGAAGCUGUUCACUGCAACCUGAGCCAGAAUGGCAUCAGCCACCAGCGGUGCCCGGAGGACAUGACGUCACAGCUGGAAGACGAAGGGGUGUCUGUGGACGCGGGGCCCGUGCUGCUGGACGACGACAGCCCCCGCUUCCAUGAAGUGAGCCCGCCCGCCUACCAGCGCCACCCGCCGCCACACCGCUCCGUCUCCGAGUCAGAGCUGUCCAGGCCAGGGUAUGUGAAGCUGUCCAAGCCGGUGGCUCUGUGGACCCAACCGGACGUUUGCAAGUGGCUGAAGAAACACUGUCCCAAUCAGCACCAGAUCUACAGCGACUCCUUCAAACAGCACGACAUCACAGGGCGGGCUCUGAUGAGAUUGACAGACAGAAAGCUGGAGAGAAUGGGAAUCAUGCAGGAAGCCCAGAGGCAGCACAUCCUGCAGCAGGUCCUGCAGCUCCGAGUCCGGGAGGAAGUCAGGACCCUUCAGCUCCUCACACAAGCAUCUUUGGAGUGCAGCCCGUCUUCUCCGUAGUCCGAAGGAGGGGGGGCGUAGAGGCCCGGCGCCUCGCCGUCUUCAACAGCCUCAUCUGUCCGUCUCACACCUUCGAUCCCCCUCCUCCAAAAAACACACAAGCUUCAGACGCUCCCGAGGAGGCUCCCACGAGUUCUGACCCCUCCCGGUCCAAACGCUCCUUCUCAGUUUCCUGGACUCCUCGACUACUUUUCCGCUAGAGCCGCCCGGUCCCCCGUCCCUUCUGACCUUUCGCAGCC